AGCAAGAGGGACCCCAACUCUACAUACACUGAAGACAACCUCUCCCAGGACAUAUUUGACCUCUUUAUCGCAGGUUCUGACACAACUGCCUCAACUCUACAAUGGGCUCUGCUCCUCAUGGUGAAUCAUCCUGAUAUCCAAGAGAAAGUCCAUAAGGAACUGGAAAAUGUUCUGGGUUCAUCUCAAUCAUUCAGUUAUCAAGAUCUAAAGAAACUGCCCUACACCAACGCUGUAAUUCACGAGAUCCAACGACUGCAAUAUGUCUUAUUAUAUGGGCUGCCCAGAGAAUGUGUGAAGGAUGCGAACAUACUUGGCUUUCCCAUUCUAAAGGGGACCUCAGUUCUUCCAGAUCUUUGUUCUGUUCUUCUUGAUCCUAAGCAAUGGGAGACUCCUGAAGAGUUGAACCCAAAUCAUUUUUUGGACAAGGAUGGAAAUUUUGUGCCUAGAGAAGAAUUUCUGCCUUUUGGCGCUGGUGCCCGUGUGUGUUUGGGGGAGCAGCUGGCCAGGAUGGAGCUCUUCAUCUUCUUCACCAGCCUCAUGAGGAUGUUUACCUUCCAGCUGCCAGAAGGAAUGAGAGAACUCAGUCAGAUGCCUAUAGAAGGGUUUAGAACUCCUCCUCAACCUUAUAAGAUCUGUGCGGUUCCCCGCUGUAGUGCGUCAUAAACAACGAAAACCAUUUGCGCCAGGGGAUUAUUUAAGUAAUAGUUGUGUGUCUAAAUGGACACCCAGCCCUAGCUUUUGGA